UUAAUUAGAAUAGAUAAGCAUGGUGAUUGGUGAGACGAGAUAAAAAGUCCAAUUCUUUUUCCGAUCGCCACCGACCAAGUUUUGUUAAUUUCCGCCCAAACAAAUUCUGAAGAUUGAAUGAAAUGUUAGCUUCUAAAGUCACGAAGAAAACAUUAAGAUGGAGAUUCAGAACGAGACCUUUAACUUUUGAGGAGCAAUUUGAUUUGAUAGCAAGUGGAUUUAGUACUUCCUUUUCUGGUGCGAAGAGUUUCGGAGCAGACAACACUUCGUCUCAAAUCAAUUUGAGCAAGGAUACUGAAGGAGGAGCAUUCCAAUUGCGUAGACAAAUGAGAAGAGAUUCUUCAUGUAAUCCUUUAUUUAAUCAAGAUGAUAGGGUGGUUAGAACAAGCAUUGGAUCUUUUCCUUUGUCAAAUCGUUAUUAUAGAAGCCAUGGACAUUUAAAAGAUAUCAAAGACAAGUUCUUAGGAUCUGUCCCUGAAGUUGUCAAGAUAGUAGAAGUUGGCCCAAGAGAUGGACUGCAAAAUGAGAAGACUAUAAUACCUACAGAAGUGAAGGUGGAGCUUAUUAGAUUACUUGUUUCUAGUGGACUACCAGUUGUUGAGGCUACCAGUUUUGUGUCUCCAAAGUGGGUACCACAGCUAGCUGAUGGGAAGGAUGUAAUUGAAGCAGUUAGGAAUCUUACAGGGGUGCGCUUACCUGUUUUGACACCAAAUCUUAAAGGUUUUGACGCAGCUGUUGCAGCUGGAGCCAAGGAAGUGGCAAUAUUUGCUGCAGCAUCCGAGUCCUUUUCUCGGUCUAAUAUAAAUUGUAGCAUUGAAGACAGUCUUUCUCGCUAUCGUGAUGUUGCUCUUGCAGCCAAAAACCAUUCCAUCCCUGUUCGCGGGUAUAUAUCAUGUGUCGUUGGCUGUCCCAUAGAAGGAGCGGUGUCUCCAUCAAAAGUUGCAUAUGUGGCUAAAGAACUUGUAGAUAUGGGUUGCUUUGAAAUUUCUCUUGGUGAUACAAUUGGAGUUGGUACUCCAGGUACUGUUAUUCCAAUGCUUGAUGCUGUAACUCAAGUUGUCCCUGUAGAGAGGCUUGCUGUUCAUUUCCAUGAUACUUAUGGACAAGCUCUUUCGAACAUUCUUGUGUCACUGCAAAUGGGGAUCAGCAUCGUGGAUUCAUCUGUAUCAGGACUUGGAGGUUGCCCAUAUGCCAAAGGUGCCUCGGGUAAUGUGGCUACGGAGGAUGUCAUUUACAUGCUCAAUGGACUAGGAGUGAAGACAAAUGUGGAUCUGAGAAAGCUUCUAUUGGCUGGAGAUUUCAUCUGCAAACAUUUGGGUCGCCCUUCUGGAUCUAAGGCUGCCAUUGCCUUGAGCAGAACAACAGCUACUGCCUCAAAGCUUUAAGGGACAUCUGAUGCCGCUGAAAUGCGUCCACUCUGUGGUGAAAGUCGCUUCAGACCAACUUUAACUGUAGCAUUACUGUCACUCUUACCGUUCCGUCAUUGUCUUAUGUUAAACAUAUCCGUGUCAAUAUGUCCCCUAGCCAGUGUCGGAGCUACAUAGACCGAAGGGUAGUCGGUUGAAUACUCUUCUUCGGAAUAUCAUUCCGUGUAUAUAGAAAAUAAUUUUAGGUUGAAUAUUUUUCUCUUAGUCGUCGACACUUGACACAGUGCCAGUGUUCUAUUGCCUUGGUGCAACUGGAUUUUAAACUACAUAUUUUCAAUGUCUUGAUAAUUAUCUGAAAUAUACUGUUGGAGAGCAGAGAGAAAAUGAAUGGUGGUAGUUUUUGUCUA